UUUAUUUUCCAAGGCAUUUUACAGAAUUGCUCUGUCUUAUGGACAUUUUUCUUUCAAUUCUUGUUCCUAAAUUGCAUUUAUAACAGCCAAAUCAAGAGUGGACAAACCAAACCUUUUUCUCUAUGUCAUAUAGUCAGUAACAAUGCAUGACUGCCAAUCUUGUAUAGAGCUUCCUAUUGUAGACAUUUCCAAGCCAUUGGAUCCAUCUUCUGUAUCCUUCCUCUCUCAAGCCUGCAAAAACUGGGGUUUUUUCUAUAUCAAAAACCAUGGAAUCUCCAAACAUCUUUACAACAAAAUCUUUUUGCUUUCACAACACAUAUUUAGCCUCUCUUCUGAGACAAAACUUGAACUGGGUCCAUCAUCUUCUUCGCAAAGCUAUACUCCUCCUCUCAUAGCUUCCCCUUUCUAUGAGAGUCUUCGAGUUUCAGGACCAAACUUCUCUGCAUCUGCUCAGAAUUCUGCUCAUAUACUUUUUAAAAACCAACAGAACACUUGUGAAUUCAGCGAGACGCUUCAAGAAUGUGGGAGAAAGAUGACAGAAUUAUCGAAAAGAAUCAUACAGAUGCUAUUGCUGUGCUUGGGAGAUGGUUUUCUUGAUUACAAGAAAUACUACGAAUCUGAAUUCAAGAAUUGCCAUGGAUAUUUGAGGAUUAUAAACUACACAACUCCAAAAUGUCUUGAAGACGAAGUUGAAGGCUUGGGAAUGCACACGGACAUGAGCUGCAUAACAAUUGUAUACCAAGACCAAAUUGGUGGGCUUCAAGUGAAAUCUGGUAAGGAAGGGAAGUGGAUGGAUAUAAGCCCCUGCGAGGAGACUCUGGUAGUGAACAUAGGCGAUAUGUUGCAAGCUUGGAGCAAUGACAAAUUUAGAUCAUCAGAACACAGAGUCGUUUUGAAGCAAUCAGCUGUUAACCGUUUCUCUCUUGCUUUCUUCUGGUGUUUUGAGGAUGAGAAGGUGAUCUUGGCGCCAGAUGAUGUAGUAGGAGAAAAUAAUGCAAGAAUUUACUAUCCUUUUGUUUGUUCAGCUUAUGUGAAAUUCAGAGAGAAUAGCGAGAGGGGUAAGUUUGAAAAGGUUGGCUUAACCGUAAGAGAUUUCGCUGGGAAGUUGAAAGUUUAAGCUGUUAUUCACUUGCUUUGCUCCGUUAAUUUCAUUUUGUCAAGUUGUUAAUAUUUUGGUCUAUUUCAGUUAUAAACUCAACUUACACAGUUUCUUCA